AUGACUGUUGACGAAGGCGUAGAUAUCACUAAAACUGGAGAUCGCGGUGUGUUGAAGAGAAUCAUCAAGGAGGGUACAGGAACAGAUACUCCUAACCCUGGAUGUCAGGUCACUGUUCAUUACACAGGAACACUCCUGGAUGGCACCAAGUUCGACUCCAGCAGAGAUAGAAACGAGCCAUUUGAAUUCAACCUAGGCAAAGGUUCAGUCAUAAAAGCAUGGGAUAUAGGAGUAGCGACAAUGAAGAAAGGAGAGGUGUGCGUGUUGACCUGCGCACCUAUGUACGCCUAUGGGGCUGCUGGCAGUCCUCCCAAAAUCCCACCAAACUCCACUCUUCAGUUCGAGAUCGAGAUGAUAGACUGGAAGGUGGAGGACCUGUCUCCUGGCAAGAACAAGGGCAUCCUGCGUCACAUCAUCGAGCAGGGAGCUGGCAAUGACGCUCCCAAUGACGGCGCCAUGGUUACAGUUGAGCUGGAAGGUAGACUGCAGGCCGAUGGAAAGGUGUUCGAUACAAGAACAGUCACAUUCCCUCUCGGAGAAGGCAGUGAACAUAAAGUAUGCGAGGGUGUCGAAAGAGCUCUAGAGAAAUUCGCGCAAGGAGAGAAGUCCAGGCUCACCAUACAGCCUAAAUAUGCCUUCAAAUCAGAAGGAAACGCUGAAUUAGGUGUCCCACCUAACUCUGUGGUAGAAUACAUAGUGAAAUUGAAUAGUUUUGAGAAAACCAAAGAGGUAUGGUCCAUGGAUGGGCCGGAGAAGAUUGAGCAGGCGAAGAUGUUCAAGGAGAAGGGAACCAACUACUUUAAGGGAAGCAAAUUCCAGCUGGCCAUCAAGAUGUAUAAGCGAGUUGUUACGUUAGUUGAAGACAUGCUAGAAGACACAAGUGAGACAGAAGAAAGCAGAAACCAGGCGAAGGAGCUCCUUCUAUCAGCACACUUGAACCUCUCUUUGGUCUACUUGAAGGUCACACCAGCUCACCACUUUGAGGCUAAGGAGCAUGCUCUAAAGGCCUUGAAGUUGGACGAGAACAAUGUCAAGGGUCUCUUCCGGAAAGGCCAGGCUCUGUUGGGACUUGGUGAAGCUGAAUUAGCUAUUAAGGACUUCGAGAAGGUUGUGCAGGCUGAACCACAGAAUAAGGCUGCCGCUAACCAGAUAAUCGUAUGCAAGACAGCGAUCGCGAAACAAAAGCAAAAGGAGAAGCAGCUCUACGCCAACAUGUUCGAGAAGUUCGCUAAAUACGACACGGAGGUGGAGAAGCAGAGAGCUAAAGAUGAGAUAGACGUAAUAGGUGAGAAGGUAGGAGAGUGGGGCGCCGGCGAGGGAGAGUGGACUGACCAGCAACGGCUGAGAAAACCCACUGAGUUUGAGAAGGAGAACCCCAACAUCCUACUGUUAGACAAGGACGGACAGUUUGAGAACAUGUGA